GUUAUGGUCCUAUGCUAAUCUCCUGCACCCCAAAUUUUGUUUUGGCAGAGAAUGUUUGAGGAAACAGUCUGGACAGUGUCCUUCUCUAGUGUCUCUCGCUGUGCGCUUGUACAAUCAUUUCCCCUGAAGACGUAGAGGUGCAAUUGCAUGAUGGUUUUUUUCAGGACACCAUUAGGUUGGCUGUGUGAUCCACUUACCUGGAGGUUACGGGGGUUCGUCAGUGCCGGUCCCAGAAUUGUGAGUCACCUACUAGCAUGUGCGGAGCACCUAGGCUAUGAGUAUGUGAGAGAGAAAGAGAGAGAGAGAGAGCGAGGAAGACUCGAGUCAACUACGACAACGAGAAGAAACAGCUUUGGAGUGGCACCCAAGCUCGCGGCAGAUCCUCCUGGGAUCACCCGUCCACUUUCAACGACUUUGCGCUGCUCGAAAGUUGACCGAGAACAUGACCGAUGUGGACUCGGAGGGGGGAAACUAGAAACAUCACAGAUCUUCGGACAUCACUUAUAAGUAUCUGCAGGAGUUCAUGUACAAGAUUGAUCUGAAAGCUCGCAGCAGCUGAGGGUGAAUUCCAUGCAGUGACAGACUGGCCGGAUUCAGCUCCUGCUUCUGUAUGCAGGUUUUGGAUCUAUGUGGGAUCCGAAGCAGUUGUCUUCAUAAGUAGAGUGUGACGUUCCAGCAGUGACUCUACGCAGGGGUUGACCGGUAGGUCGCCGCUGCAGCAAUUUGGUCCCUCUGAGGUACACAGGUUUUGCUUUCGAUGCUUUUAGCUGAAGCUUGUCCCGAAACUUAAAGCUCGGCUAGGUUGCAACUUGAUCGUGCACUUGCAAUUUAAUGGCAUUCUGCGGUGCUGCCUGCGGGGUCCUGCCUUGCGUCAACAGAAAGGGGGACGACGGGAGAAAUGUUGAAGGUGAUUAUGGUGAGGCUCCAGAUCGCAAAGCUGUAGGAGCGAAUUUUCAAGUGGGUGAUGGGUCUGUCGACACGAAAGGAAGGCCCGCUUCCAAGGAAAAUACUGGGGGAUGGAAGACGGCUUCACUCAUCUUUGUGGCCGUGAUGUUUGAGAGUGUCGCAAGCGUAGGGAUAGCUUUCACUCUCUUCACGUAUCUGUCAGGGCCCAUGCACUUGCCCACGUCGAAAGCUUCCAUCCAUACCAACAUCUACUGGGGAACUUCCUUCAUCACGUCAAUCUUCGGAGGAUUCAUUUCCGAUGCAUACUUGGGACGCUUCUGGGCAUCACUCAUCUUCGCUGUCAUGGAGAUGGUGGGACUGGGCUUAAUGGUAGUGUCGGUGAGCGUCAAUACUCUGGCACCAAAUUGUCCAAUUACUGACCAUACCUGUCCCUCUUUAGAAGGAACGAAAGGUUUCAUAGUGUUUCUGUUCGCCCUCUACCUGGUUGCACUGGGCACAGGGUGUCUACGACCAUGUCUGGCAACUCUGGGAGCUGAUCAAUUCGACAUCGAAGACCCAGAGGAGAAAAGACAAAUCCGGAGCUACUUCAAUUGGCUCUUCUUCUUCAUGAGCGUGGGCACGAUGAUUGCCAUGAUGGUGGUAGUUUAUGUUUCUCAAAGUGUGUCCUGGUUUUGGGCUUACACAAUCAUGGGAAUAGCAAUGCUACUCUCAACGGCGUGUCUCGUCGCCGGAGCGGGACAUUACAGACACAAGAAGCCUCAGGGGAGUCCACUGACACGCAUCGCGCAAGUGAUCGUUGCAGCAACUCGAAAGAAAAAAACUACUCUACCAUCGAACAGUGCCAUGCUCUUCGAGGUUCAGGACCACGAGAACGGAAAUGCCAUCCCGACAGAGCCGACAUUGAAAAGAUUCAAUUCCAACAAAGGAGAGGUUCUGGGAGAGCCCACACUGAAAAGAUACUAUUCUCUUCCUCACACCGAGGGCUUGACCUUCCUCGACAGGGCAGCCGUUGUUACGGAACACGACACAGGAACUCAAUCCACAACAAAAGUCAAUCCAUGGCGCCUUUGCACGAUUACCCAAGUGGAAGAACUCAAAGCCAUAAUGCGCACAUUACCAAUCGUAUGGUGUGUUUCUUUCCUCUACAUCGUAGUGGCUCAGAUUCAAACCUGGGCAGUCGCUCAGGGCUACACCAUGGAGCGUAACAUCGGCACUUUCCAGUUUCCGCCGCCUUCUCUGUCGGCGAUUUCCGUCGCCUUCGUGCUCAUCGAGAUCGCAGUUUACGACCAGUGGUUUGUUCCAUUCAUGCGGAAGUAUACCAAACAUACCCAUGGCAUAACACACCUUCAGAGAAUAGGCAUUGGACUCCUGCAGUCCAUCUUGGCCAUGGCUUACGGUGCCAUUGUGGAAACUGGAAGACUCAGGUCGGCAAGACACCAUGGCUUGAUUGAAAGUCCCAUGGCCGUCGUGCCCAUGAGCAUUUUCUGGCUGCUGCCAAUGUGGAUUCUAGCUUCCAGCGCUGAACUGUGGGCCUACGUCGGCCUUUUUGAGUUCUACUGGCAAGAAAUGCCAGUUGAGAUGCGAAGCUUGGGAGGAGGCUUCUCCCUUUUAGCCAUCGCCCUCGGCUUCUACCAAAGCGGUGGCCUCAUCGUAGUCACGAACGCGGUCUCCAAGAACUAUAACAAUGGCGGCUGGCUGGCCGACUCCAACCUAAACAAGAACCGGUUGAACUACUUCUACCUCGUGCUCAUGGUGCUCAGCAGCAUGAACGCAUUCGGCUUCGUGAUGUCCACGAAAUGGUACAACUAUGUCAAGUUCAUCAACACGAAGCUCACAGACACCACGGAUCAGGAGGUCCCACCAUCUCCCAUGCCGGACAUCUUCAAGCGGUCGGAAAGCAGACUGCCCCUCAAAUCGCCAAGGCCAUCGACUGGAGAUCAGCUCCAAGGGACCACUCCCGACUCAACCCCGCGCAAACCAAAGAUUUCGGCAGAUAACAAACACGACAAGGGUCUACCAAGCUCAGUCAAAGCCGGAGCGGAGGUGGACGCCACCUUGCCCGAUUCCUUGCCGCGGUCCGAGAGCAGAACCCCUCUCAGGUCCACAAACAAUUCAGACGACCUUCCUGAUUUACGAUUCGUGGGGACCACUACACCACCCCCGCGAUCGCCCAGGACAAUUUUUUCUCAAGUUUUCUUACCCAGGAGUGAUCCCCCCGCUGCCCCACAAACGGCAGACCAGUCCUCGUCGAGAUUCAUAAAACUGGAGAGGUCCAGGUCGAGGGGCCCAUCCAAGUGAAGCUGACAGCGCCAUCCGCACAUAAUUGCUGUACAAUAGAAUUGUAACCAGUAGCCCAGCAGAAAAGAGGCACGAUCUGAUACAAUAGCCGGGUACGCAAGCGCCGCAUCGUCGAUGAGAACUCAAAAACACACUCUCUCCAGGCCAUCAGUCGGCAGCGCAGGCGCAGAUUUCAAGUGCCGAGAUUAACUGGGUUGGAGUUGUCAUGCACACUCUACCUACUUAAUCUGCACACAUAAUCUCGAUUCCUUAGCUUCCCCGCAGCAAUCGCACGCCGCGUCACGGGAAUGUCUGGCCCAUCGCGGGCGCCGCGACGCGAGUCGAGGGCUUGGCCCAGGAGGGAGCGGUGCCGCGCGUUCCGUCGACGCGUCCGUAGAUUUUACAUUAUCUUAAAGAAUUGUACAUGUCUUGGUUACUUUUUAUACUGCCUUUUUAGAUCACUUUUUAAGAAUCUGCUUACAGAAACUUUUCCCGAUUCCUUCAUUUGAAUUCUACUCUGUAUCCUUGUUUAUUUUAAUCUCUUCUGCUAAACGAUAUGGCAUGUUUUCAAUGAAUUGAAGAAGGUUUGGGGGUUUAUCAAAAAAGAAAAGAAAAGGGAUAAGAAAGAAAGACUAGUUGGUGUUCACCGAUUAGUUUAAUGUAGUCGUCUAUUUUUUUUGCUUUGUCAGGUUUACAUGUGCAAAGGAAUUUAAUUAGAAAGUGUAUGAAUAGAAUCUAAUAAGAUCCCUAUAUUGCUAUGUUGUAAGCUG